AAUAUUUAGAUGCUGUUAGUGUAAAAGGAGAAGAAGAAGAACAGUUGUUUUUCUUUCUUUUCGUUUUAUCUCCUUGAAUCAUCAUCAUCAAUUUUUUUUGUCCCUUGUCUAACUGUAUUUACCCACCAGUACACCAGUACACCAGUGUACACCAUGAUCGCCAAGCGAAUUGAAGAAGUGUUAAAACAGACAAAGGUUAUCCAAAGUGAGUCUGAUUUACCUGCUAAUUUAACCAAAAAAAUUGCCCAGGAUAUUAUUGGUAUGUCCGAGACAGAGCCCUGUGGUCUUCAAGGCUGCCUGUUAUAUAUCAGUUUGGAGGAUGAAAAUCACAAGCCUCAGACCAUUGGUUACGUGAAGCUAGGUGAAAAGACAAUUGUGCCCACUUUUGUGAUUUACCUGCAUCUUCGAAGACGUUAUAGUGAUUGGUUUAAAUUUAUUGCUACCCGAUUUUUAAGACACUUGUUUCGUGAUUCUUCUUUUACAAUUCACGAUGUUUACAAUUUGUACAAAAGGAAACUUUUCAGAAUGGAUUCUGAUCCGUAUAACACCCCAAAAAGAUAUUUUUGCUGGAGACAACAAUUCAAGAAGAUGGACAUGAUUCCAAGCUAAGACAUGAAGAAGACCCUAAAAAAGACAGAAUUAUCAUCAUUUUCUGUGUCCUCAUUUCCACUUACAUCCAUCAUCAAUAAGCUACUUACAUUGGUCAUUUUGGUCUACAUUAUAAUCAAAUAUAUGGUAAUUUAUUUGUUGCAGUUGUAACCAAUUCUGAUGAGGAUUACAUUGUUAUAUUAAUAGCUUACUCUUUUUUUGUAUGUCCAUCAUCAUCAUCAUCAUUAUAAUCAUCAUCUUCAUCAUCAACAACAUUCAUCCUCAUCAGCAUCAUCACCAUGAUUAUCAUAAUGUUAUUUAUGCCAAUCAAUUGUUUCCAUUGAAACUUGAUAAUCAUUAUAUCAUCCAUUGAAAUUACUGUUGACAUCAAAAUUGUAUUAUUACUAACUACAUAAUCAUCCCAGUAUAAGGAGUUGCCUGCAGAUUCAACAUCCUUCAGAUUUUGUCUCAUUGUUGGCGUUACUCCUUAUUUUUCAUGAUAAAUUGUUUUAAAUUAAAUUGUGUAACAUUAAUAAAAGAAAUUAAAAAACACAACAAUUGAUAAUCAA